AUGUACGCUCUCAAGCAAAUCUCGCUCCUCACAUUGGCGCUGUUCUCGGUGGCCAGUGUCGCGAAGACCACAACUAUUGGCCUCGAGACGGCAGAGGGGAGCAAGCCAAUCCAGGUACCAUUCGAUGAGUGUCAUUUGAUCGACGAAGAGGAGGUCCACACCGUUGCUACGACCACCUUCUGUCGCUUUUUCGUUGGCACGGUAUGCAACGGUCGUCAAACGCUCCUAGGACCGGGAGAUCACUCGUCGGCGGACCCGGUGCCUAUUGGGAGUGUCUUCUGCCAGAGUUAA